CCUCAAUCCUCAAUGAUGCACUUGAUUGAGACAAGAUACUCCGAUAGUCUGCGUAAAAUACUUAGUUUACCUCACCAAGGGCGGAAGCUCUCGUAUUCCGUACGGGUACCAUGCGGCGCGGUAUUUAUGGUAAUUCCCGUUGCAGCAGAUACCGGCUACUAGUAUUGGGCUUGGUCGGGCUUGAAGGUGCGAGCCCCCGUCCAAUUCUCAACAAAGCUGAACUCCAUCAAUAACCAGACUGCCAUAUUCCGUAUAGAGUAACAGCUCAAGUGCUCCGUUUCUACAGUACCCGUCGCUGCAUGCAAGUGCCAGGGCAGCCGCAACACUGACAUCAUCUGGACUUUGACGAACCACCGCUUAGAUCUUUGACAUACAACGACUCACCCCCCAACGACUAGAAACUGUCUACAGAGUAUCCGAAUAGUCAAUCACAACCCUUCCAUAAUUAAUUACAUUGGGCUAUCGCAGGUUGUCGGCCACGCACUUCAAUGCAGACAUGGCUUCGGCUGAGCAACUGCACAUCGACAGGGAGAAGCUGAAGCAGAAGCUCGACACUUCGCAUUUCGAUCUCAAUGCCGUUUUCCGAGGCGCGCAGCUGACACUGGUUGGCGCCUUCAGAGCGCUGCGAAACCCAGAUCUCUUCGACUCUCAGCACUAUAGACAGGCCAUGAACGCCAUUGCUGCGGGCAUCGCCAUUCGCGCCUUGAUAGCGAUUCCGAUCUUAUUUAUCAAGAGCUCCCUGUGGGCUUCUUCGUUUGUCUUUGAUCUUGAUCAUGUCAGCUGGGAUAAUAAGCUGGUCAAUGGUCUCGGCUUCAUUGAGGAGCAUGUGCUCCAGGCGCCGCUCUUUUUCAUGAGUCUGAUGCGUUAUAUCACACCAACCCUUGAUGAUCUCUUCAUGGACUCUCUGAAAUGGGUAGAUAUGACUUACGUUCAAAAGCACAAGCAUGACCAGGACCCAGGAAAUCUACGAGCCAUGUACUAUCCUGCUCUCAAGCAGUAUCCCCUCACAGGUGGCAAAGCCGGCUCCUCGGCCACAUCGACGUCCUUCUUUCGGCUCCCCGACUCCGUAUCUAGAUAUAUCCCAAGAUCAGCAUUAGUUUUUCUCUACCGCUAUGUCCGCAAGGGCUUGAUCUCGCUCGCCAUUUUCGCCACAUCAUACCUGCCAGUUGUUGGCCGGCUAGUGCUUCCGGCCGCCAGUUUCUGGACCUUCAACCAAUCUGUUGGUUUGGGGCCGGCGUCUAUUGUCUUCGGAGCUGGUGUCUUCGUCCCAAAGAAGUAUCUCGUUAUCUUCCUGCAGAGCUAUUUUGCUUCUAGGAGCUUGAUGAGGGAGUUACUAGACCCCUACUUUGCCAGAAUCCGUUUCACCAAGGAGGAAAAGAGGAAGUGGUUUCGCAACCGUCAAGGAAUUCUCUUCGGAUUUGGUGUCGGCUUUUAUAUUCUGCUACGCAUCCCCCUUCUUGGUGUUCUGAUUUAUGGAAUCGCCGAGGCAAGUACGGCCUAUCUGAUCACGAAGAUAACUGAUCCACCCCCGCCAGUGUCCCAGAGCAAGGAGUUUACGGCAAGACAAGUUGAAUGGAACAAUAAACACAAGUUCCUCAGCUUAUCAUUGGCGAAUAUGGACACUCUUCACGACGAUCCGCUUCCCUACCAACCUACCGAUCCGUAUCCCCGUUCCUCGGUUGGCCAGGGAGUUGCUCUGGUAACAGAACCUCCCGCACAAACAACUGGCUACUGAAUCUGAAGUAGUAGAUUUGACUCCGGUUUAUUCCAUCGCUCUG